AUGGAGGAAGGCGUAGAGACGAGAGAUAAGCCGCUGGAGGAGCUCGAGAGAGAGAUUACUUGCUCUGUGUGCCACAAUAUCUACGACCAAGCUAAGCUGCUUCCCUGCAACCACUACUACUGCUCCUCAUGCAUCGACAGUUUGGCAGCCCGCUCGAAGGGUAAGCCGUUCGACUGCCCAGAGUGCCGCAAAGAGACGUGUCUCCCUAGUUCUGGCGGCGUGGCCGGGCUCCAGCCCGCCUUUUUCGUGGAGAGAAUGAAGGACGUUUACUUCAAGAUAGCCAAGGUAGAAGGGAAGGUGGAGGCCGUUUGCGAGCAGUGCUCAGCAGCAGCUAAGUCGGUUGCCUUCUGCCGCCAGUGCGCCCAUUUUAUUUGCAGCCAUUGCGUGCGUUGCCACAAAACUCUAAAGGUUUACGCGGGCCAUGAGGUUACGAGCCUAGAAGAUUUGAAAAGAGGAGGCGUCAAAGAAAUCCCGCUGAAGGAGCCUAUGUCCCGCAAAUGCGCAGAGCACGACAAACGGCUGAAACUGUUUUGCUUUGACUGCGACAGCCUCAUCUGCCGGGACUGCACCAUGAUCGACCACAAGGAUCACAGGUUUGAUUUUCUGAAAAAUUGUGCUCCCAAGAGCAGGAAGACACUGCGAGACUCCCUUGCUCCACUCUUGAAGGUAAAGACCAACAUGGAAAAAGCUGAAAAGGAACUUGUCUCUGAGGAAAGUAAGGUGGACAGGCAGAAGGAGCGGGUGUGGAGUUCCAUCCAGCAGUCAUUUGACCAACUAAAGGCAAUUCUUGAUCAGAGAAAGUCAGAGCUGGUGAGGAAAAUGUCCUUGCUGGCACAAGAGAAGAAGAACGCUCUAGCAGCCCAGAAGAAGGUAUUGCAGGCAGCGCAGAAAGAGGUCCAGCUUCUGGUUGAGUUUGUCGAGAGGAAUCUGGAGAGCACGAGCGACCAAGACCUAAUGAGCAUCCACAAACAACUGCAGACCAAGAUUGAAGAGGAAGAGAAUCAUCACUGUCGAGUGUCAUUGACACCAACAGCCUCUGCAGACAUCUCUUGUUGGCUUCCAUCUCCCGACGUCAUUCCUGAAUACCUCGGAUCCGUUUUUGACGGAGCAGCACGAGAAGUAUGCGUCAGUCCCCCCGCAGCAUGUGAAAUUGGUUCCCCGGUCAAAGUGGUAUUGGCUGCACCCACCGCUUUGCUGGAAGAUGUGUCGUUUGCUCUGGAAUCUGUGGUGGAUCCAUCGUUGCCACAGGAGGGAAAGGUGGUCCGGGAUAGUGGGGGUUUCUUUAGCAUCUCCGUCACUCCUCAAGUAAGGGGUCGGCACAAACUCACGCUCAAGGUAAAGAAUGAGGAAAUUGUGGGGAGCCCCUUCCAGGUGUUUGUAAAGAUCCCUCCCUCUACGUUAGGUCAGGGCCAGCUUGGUACGCUAGGUGGUCUCCAGGCUCCGUGGGGGAUAGCUAUAAACGACAAACAGCAACUCGUGGUAUCGGUGGCUGAGCGCGAUGGGGAAAAGGUGGUGGUAAUGGAGAAAGAUGGAACGAUGAUUCAAACAAUAGAGAGUGACCAAUUGAAAAAUCCUUGUGGGGUAGCUGUUGAUUCGAACGGAGCGAUCUAUGUCACAGACAUUGUUGCCAAAAGUCUCUUCAAGUUUAACUCAAAGGGAGAACUUGUGAAAGCAAUUCAGAAUGAGUUACAAGAGCCAUAUGGUAUUAAGAUCGUUGACAAUCUACUCUAUGUCACCGACUAUCAGAGCCAUCUGGUAAAGAUAUUUGACAGGGACUGCAAAGUUAUUGGAGCUAUAAAAACAAAUAAGUGCCCAAAACCACAAGACGUUGCACUCGGUCCAGAUGGCUUGUAUGUGGCCGGGAAGGGGAAGAUCGCUGUGUACACAUGUGCCCCAAAAGGAGCCUUUAUCCGCCACGUAAACCUCACGCCACAUUCACUAAAAUUCUCAGAAUUUAGUGGCAUAUGUUUUGAUGCUAAUGGUCAUAUCAUUGCUUGUGACUGGGAAAAUGCUAACCUACGAACUUUGACCAAACGACUAGACGACAAGAAAGCCGAAGGCCAAGAGGAAAGCGGAGGAGUUGAGGCGAUGCUUAGGGAAGGUCGCGCGAAGUAUGAGGCCGAGGUAUGUGACUUGUACGACAGGCUGAAUCGAGAGCUCGAGAAAAAGAAGCAGAAAGCGAUUCGGGGGGUACGGGAGGGAGGAGAGUCAGUUAUUAGAGAGCUCAGGGCAUGGCAGAAGGAGAAACGUGACCUUCUUUCACAGAUACAGUGUUUACAGCAGAGUGUGGAGGGGCUGAGUGACAAGGAACUUCUGGCACAGAGAGAUGCACUAACGCUGGAAGCAGAAAAUGUACAACUGAAGGCGCUACCAGUAGUUGGUACACGAGCAGCGUCUCAUAAGAUGGUCUCUGUUGAGACGGUAUUGGCGAAACUAGGCGGUGACUUGCCUGAAUAUGCUACGAUUGAUCCGAAGCAGUCGGUCAUUCAAGUGAAAAAGGAGGCUUUUCAUGUUCAGUUGAUGCCACACCACUCGCUGCCGAGGUCAGAGCGAAAGGAGGCAAAGGCUAUAUACAUUGAUGGUGAAACUGUUACCACAGCUUACACGUUAAAGUUAUCGCUGCAUGGUCGCCCACAAAACUGGAGCCCAGAUGAGUUUGCCAUUGGGAAUAACUCCCUCUACGUCAGUGACCCCCACAAUAGCAAGGUUCACCGCUUCAACCUCAGUGAUGGCACCUACAUUGCUUCUACCGGUAGCAAAGGGUCUAAAGAGGGGCAAUUCGAUCGUCCAAACGGACUUUGCUUUGCUCAAGACAACCUCUAUGUAUGUGACAGUGAAAACCACCGAAUCCAGGUUUUUGAUCAAGACCUCAGGUUUUGCCGUACAUUUGGUGAAUUGGGAACGGAGAGGUCGUGCUUCCUCUGGCCCAGCAAUGUUGCCAGUAGUUCAGAGGGUGGGCGUGUCCUGUUGUACGUGAGCGAGUUGUACAACCACCGUGUCCAGUGUGUCACCAGCACCGGGGACCACAUUCGAUUCAUCGGGGGUUCUGGGACUGGAGAGAGGCAGCUGAGAAGACCCAACAUUCUCCACAUCCACAUCUCCCACCUGUAUGUCUCAGAUGACAGGGGAGUCGUCGUGUUCAAUCUGAGUGGGGAGUUUGUCACACGGUUUGCAACUGAGCUGUGCAAAGUCGGAAUAUAUCCCAUCGAGGGACUGACUGUCAGUAGCGAUGGAUUUGUGUAUGUUUAUCAUUCCCCACAGAACAGAAUAUACAUCUACUAA